AUGUCUCAUCACGGCCACCACGACUGCACUCCUCAACAUGAAGAACAUCACCAUGACUCACAUUGUGCUCAUCAAGCACCAGCUCAUGUCCAUGAAACUCAUGUAGCUUGUCAUGAUCAUCCAGAACAUCAUCACGAUGUUCACGAUUCGCACGCGCAUACACACGGACAUGAUCAACACUGCGAUAACCACGAUGUACAUGGAGAACAUCACCAUCAUCAUUAA